AAGUGUUGCCAUUAUCUACACCCGAAGAGCUCCAGUUUCCGGUGGGAAUAAUUUCAGAGUGACACCACACGAAUGUCAAUAAGCGAGGAUGGUACUGUGUGCAGUGAGGUGGCAACUCCUGAGGAGCAGCAGCAGCUAUGGAGCCUGGGCCAGGCUGCUGCAGAGACAGAGCAGAGGCUGUGUGUACUCCAGUGUCCAUGGUUUCAACCAGGAGGAGAUCAGAGAGAAGCUGCAGGCCUUUCCUGGAGGCUCCAUUGACCUGCUCAAACAGGAAUCUGGCAUCGCUGUGCUGACCAUUAACUACCCCACCCGCAUGAACGCCUUCUCCGGCAGUAUGAUGGUGGAUCUGGAGGAGAGGGUGAGCCAGCUGGAGAGCUGGACAGAUGGUAAAGGCCUCAUUGUUCAGGGUGCUGCUGGAACUUUCUGCUCUGGGUCGGACCUCAACGCUGUCAGGGCUAUAUCUAACCCACCGGAUGGAAUGAAGAUGUGUAUGUUCAUGCAGAAUGCUCUUACAAGACUACUCAGGCUGCCUUUGAUCUCUGUUGCUCUGGUGGAGGGGAGAGCUCUGGGAGGAGGGGCAGAACUCACCACUGCCUGCGAUUUCAGAUUGAUGACAUCUGGCAGUGUGAUCCAGUUUGUCCAUAAACACAUGGGCCUGGUUCCAGGCUGGGGUGGCGCCGCUCGGCUUGUCCACAUUGUCGGAAGCCAGAAUGCCCUGAAGCUGCUCGGUGGUGCUCUAAAAGUAGAUCCUGAACUUGGCCUGCAGAUUGGACUGGCAGAUGAAGUCCUGGAAGUCGCCCAGGCAGAGGAGGGUGCUGGGACUCUCCUACAGCAGGCUGAAAACUGGCUCAGUCACUAUACAAAAGGUCCUGCCCCAGUGAUCCAGGCUGUGAAGAAGGUGGUGCUGUCAGGGAGAGAGCUCCCUCUGUCAGAGGCUCUGAGGACUGAGAAAGAUGUCUUUGGGACGUUGUGGGGCGGUCCGGCUAACCUGCAGGCUCUGGCCAGCAAGUCCAAACACAGAUGAGUGACUGUGAGCUGCUCAGAUCAGCCAAGAAGUUCAACUGAGACAUCUGUGGAAAACCCUUUCCAGAUCAAAAUUGUGUGAAAGACAACUGUUACAGACUCACUCUCGGUUGAUAUUAAUAAACUUAGUUAAUUAUUUGGUUUGCUGAAGACAUUUUCAAGUGCUUCUUAUGUCAUAAGCUGAAUACUGUUUCUAAAAUGUGGACUCUGGGAACACAGGAUGAAGGGGUUAUUCUAUAUAUUUGUAAGGACUACAAACAUUCAAACUAUAAUUUUCAUAAAUCAAUAAUUAGAGAUGAUUCAUUGUCACAUACUUUAAUGGUUGUAAUGUAUUUAGUUUAGUAUCUCUUUAUGUGACGUUUUACCUACUUGUAGUUGAGUAGAACAAAUCUAAACUGAUGCUGAUAAUGUGAUUUUUUUUUUUGGUGAUAUAUUGCGAACAUAACUCUGUGGGAAAAGAUGUAAUGAGGUUAGUGUUAUUGGGGAUGAAAACGGAAUUAACGCUAUAAAUAAAAACUCCCCUGUUGUACUUAUGAGGUUAUAUUUUAGAAACUGGACUCUGCAGCGUCCUGUUUACAACGAAACAUUUAUCAGUUCGGGUGUCAGCUGAGAAAUGAUUUUGUUUCCUAAAUACUCUGUAGACUGAUACUAUAUAUAAAGACUUAUUUUGUUUGGAUGUAACCUUUUAAUUUAAGUAUAUAUGUAAUAAACAGUGAAUAUGCUG